AUGUAUAAAAAACAUAUAGAGAAAGGGUUUCCAACCUCUCUUAUCCCUCUUGGGUUCUCGCAUUUGAAGUCAAAUUUCCAUUAUUCUCGGCAUGUUGCUCGUCAGACUCGUUACUUUAUCAUCGUCUUCGUCCAUCGCAUCAGAGAUAGAGCUUACAUGAUCAUUUCUAGCCAAGAAAACGCUGCAGAAAACUCCGUCAUUCACGCGAUCGCAAAGAUUGAGUUUUUGAAGUUAUUAACUUACCCCAUACCCCUUUCUUUUGCGCAACCGACUUAUCCGACAUUCCGAUCAUUCCGCAUAACUGUUAUAUGUCGGUAUUCCCUCUUACCGCUUUAUCCUCCAAGAUUGCGUGAAAUUGAUCUAUCUCUCGAGAUUGACCCGACAUUUGGUUCGUACUCCGUACCAUUAUCAGUAAUUGCCGCCGCUAAUGACGGGUUCAAAGCGGAUAAUGUGGAUCGUCGCACUGACCACAACGCUUUGGAGUCUCCAUCUCGUACCUGGAGCUGUUUUCGGUGUUAA